AUGGCCCACCCCACUCUGCUCCUACUGCUGUUGCUCAGCCCGUGGUGUCUCAGUGCAUCACUACAGAGCUGUCGCCUGCUGGGCCAGCCAGCUCUGCCUGUCUUUGCCUCUGAAGGUGACAUCGAUAUCGGGGCAGUGUUGUCUUUACACCGAAAAGCUGUGGUGAAAGCUCCUAGUUUUACAACAGAGCCAGAGCCUGCUUCAUGUAUCCGAGUUAAUAUGGGUGAGUUUCGAACUGCACAGACCAUCAUUUUUGCGGUAGAGGAAAUCAACAACAACACUAACCUCCUACCUGGCGUGAGACUUGGCUACAAGAUUUAUGAUUCCUGUGGCUCCAUUAUCUUGGCCAUCCGUUCAGCCAUGGCCCUGAUGAACGGCUAUGGGGAGACUCUGAGCGACACGUCAUGCCAGCGGCCACCGGCUGUUAAAGCCAUCGUAGGGGGAUCUAGCUCCACUGCCAGCAUUGGCAUCGCCUCUGCAGUGGGACUUUUCCACAUCUCCAUGAUCAGUCAUGGCGCCACAUGCGCCUGUCUCAGCGACACAGACAGAUUUCCCAGCUUUUUCCGAACUAUCCCUAGCGACUACUACCAGAGCAGAGCCCUGGCACAGCUGGUCAAGCACUUUGGCUGGACGUGGGUCGGAGCUGUUCGAAGUAGGAAUGAUUACGGGAAUAACGGAAUAGCUACAUUUGUGGAAACUGCUGAGGAACUUGGUGUUUGCAUUGAGUAUUCCGAGGCCUACCUCCGAACAGAUCCCAAAAAGGAGCUCCAAAGAAUUGUUGAAGUGAUUAAGGGGGCCACUUCCAGAGUAAUAGUUGCAUUCCUAGGACAGGCGGACCUGAUCCCUCUUUUGAACGAGCUGGCACUGCAUAACAUGUCAGGGCUCCAGUUUGUGGGAAGCGAAUCAUGGAUCACUUCCAAAGGCCUUUUCAACACAAAUACCUAUAGUUUGGUAACAGGAGCCGUAGGGUUCACAAUGCAAGAUGUGGUUCUAGAAGGGUUGCAGGAGUUUUUGUUGAACGUGCAUCCCUCUAAAGCGCCACAAAAUCUGUUUCUCAGAGAGUUUUGGGAGACAGCAUUUGAGUGCUCAUUUGACAACAACCACAUGACUGGUUCACAGUGCACAGGGUCAGAGAGCUUGCAGACUCUGCAGAGUCAGUAUACUGAUAUGGCUCAGAUGCGGAUCUCUAAUAAAAUGUACACCGCUGUAUAUGCUGUUGCCCACUCUCUUCAUAAACUAUUGAUGGAUCACAAUGAAACUGAACUCAAUGUGUUAGUUCCUUCAAAGGUGCUUGAGUAUUUGAAGAAGGUGAAUUUCACCUCCACAACUGGGGAGCAGAUAUUUUUUGACUCCAGGGGAGACCCUGCUGCUCGGUAUGAGCUGGUCAAUUGGCAGCCUGAUGACGAUGGAACUCUGCAGUUUAAAUAUGUUGGAGUCUAUGACACAUCUGCACCCUCAGAACAGCGCUUUGUUUUGAACCAAGGAGGCCUGACGUGGGCCGGUGGCCAGUCACAGGUGCCCGUGUCUGUGUGCAGUGAGAGCUGUCCCCCAGGGACCAGGAAAGCCCAACAGAAAGGAAAGUCCAUAUGCUGCUAUGACUGCAUACCGUGUGGAGAGGGAGAGAUAAGCAAUAUAACCGAUUCCAAUGACUGCAUUCCCUGUGCUCCAGAGUACUGGUCAAUUGAGAGUAAGGAUAAGUGUGUGUUGAAAUAUAUUGAAUACCUGUCUUAUUCUGAGAUCAUGGGAAUUGUGCUGGUAUUUUUCUCAUUGUUUGGUACGACAGUCACUAUUUUGGUGGCAGCCGUGUUUUUCACACACAAAGACACACCCAUAGUGAAAGCUAACAACUCAGAACUGAGCUUCCUACUGCUCUUCUCCCUGACUCUCUGCUUCCUCUGUUCUCUUACUUUCAUUGGUCGGCCCUCUGAGUGGUCCUGCAUGUUGCGUCACACAGCGUUUGGGAUCACCUUUGUUCUCUGCAUCUCCUGUGUUCUGGGGAAAACGAUAGUGGUGUUAAUGGCCUUCAGAGCCACUCUUCCAGGCAGUAAUGUCAUGAAGUGGUUUGGGCCUCUGCAGCAGAGACUCAGCGUUCUUGGCUUCACUCUCAUACAAGUCCUCAUAUGUGUGCUCUGGUUGACUAUAUCACCUCCUUUCCCUUACAGAAACAUGCACCUUUACAUUGAUAAGAUCAUUCUAGAAUGUGAUGUGGGUUCAGCCAUAGGAUUCUGGGCCAUAUUGGGUUAUAUUGGACUACUUGCUCUGUUGUGUUUCAUCCUGGCUUUUCUGGCUCGCAAACUACCAGAUAACUUCAAUGAGGCCAAAUUCAUCACAUUCAGUAUGCUGAUAUUCAGUGCUGUCUGGAUCACUUUUAUUCCAGCUUAUGUCAGCUCUCCUGGAAAAUUUACUGUGGCUGUUGAGAUAUUUGCCAUUUUGGCCUCUAGUUUUGGAUUACUUCUGUGUAUUUUCACACCAAAAUGUUACGUUAUUCUAAUAAAGCCUGAACAAAACACAAAGAAACACAUGAUGGGAAAGACUGCACCAGGCUCCAUAUAGGAGCCAAGGAAGAAUAUGUUCAGCACCCACAUAUGCUUCAUUAUUAUGAAGAAUUACCAUAACCUACAUCCUACAUAUACUGUACUUUUUAAAGCAACAAUACACAUCACUCUGUACAUUGACCCCAAAUAUGUACCCAUUAAAUCUUAAAUAAGCCCUACUUUGUCAAAGCACUUGAAGUCUGAUCACUCACAUCACAAUAGUAUUC